AUGCUCCCUCACUCCUUCAUAUUCGGACAUCUUCUCGCCGUCGGGAAAGCAAUGGCAAAAUAUCCCCCAGGCCUGAACGGCGGAUACCUACCAUUUAUCAUGGCAAAAGAGUAUCCUGAACUAGAAGUUCCAGGAAUAAUGUAUCUCGAUAUGUGGCCAAUCUCACCUCCCAUGCUCACAGUUUUCAAUCCCGACAUGAUGGCGGCGUUUACCCAGGAGCCUUCCCUGCCCAAACACCCCCAUCUACUAGCUGAAUUCAAGCCUUUCACGGACCUAAAGGAUAUCUUGACUCUAUCAGGAGCGGAAUGGAAACGAUGGCGUGGCAUUUUUAAUCCUGCCUUCUCUUAUAAGAACAUUUUAUCGCUUGUUCCGGCUUUUCUGGAAGAGAUUGAUGUCUUUUUAGACUAUCUUAAGGAGAGCGCUGAGUCUGGGGAUAUCAUUCGACUUGAAGAGAAAGCGACAUUAUGCACGAUUGAUAUUAUCGGACGAGCUGUGUGUAACGUUCGCUUCCACGCACAGUCAUCUCGAAACAUACUCUUCGAAACAUUGAUUAAACAAAUCAAUCUAUUAUGGAUAAGUAAUGCACCCGACCACCUAAUCAACGGCUUAAACCCCCUCCGCCCAUACCGAAUGAAACGCAACAACAAAAUCAUGAAAGACAUCCUGACACCACACAUCGAAUCCGAAGUCCAAAAACAACUUAACGGCGAAAAUCCAGAAUACAAAACAAUCAUCUCCCUCGCCUCAAAAGCAUACCUAACAGAGCAAUCAUCUUCAACGUCCCAAAAAGCACAAAUCGACCAAGAAUUCAUCGACACGGUCGUUUCCCAAAUAAAAGUCUUCCUCCUAGCAGGUCACGAUACUACCGCAUCAGGAAUGGCAUACGCCUAUUACCUGCUACACAAAAAUCCAGAUGUUCUUGCCAAAAUGCGAGAAGAACAUGACUCAGUAUUUGGAACCGAUACCUCAACCGCAAGAGCACAAAUAGCCUGUGAUCCAGUCCUACUAAAUAAACUCCCCUACACAAUAGCGUUUAUCAAAGAAGUUCUUCGAAUUUUCCCACCCGUCGGAACAAUUCGAGAGGGACAAAAAGACCACUUCCUCACGCAUCCAGAGACAGGUCAGAAAUUUCCAACGGACGGAAUGAUGAUUUUUGGAGUUUCGUUCGCUGUUCAGCGAGACCCGAAAUAUUUUCCUAGACCCGAAGAGGUUAUUCCUGAACGAUGGUUUGCGAAGGAGGGCGAGCCUUUGCAUGUACAGAAGAAUACAUGGAGACCGUUUGAGCUUGGUCCGAGAAAUUGUAUUGGGCAGGAGCUUGCGCAGGUGGAGUUGAGGGCUAUUUUGGCUAUGACGGUUAGGGAUUUGGAUAUUGAGAUUUGUUAUCCGGAGGAUUCGCCGAGCGUUUUUGGGACGCAGGCAUAUCAGACUUUGCAUGUUGGGCAGGUUACGGGGCAUCCGCAUCUUGGGAUGCCAGCUAGGGUAAAGAAGAGGGUUAAUGUGAAAUGA